AUGGACAGGAACUACCCCAGCGCCGGCUUCGGGGACCCGCUCGGCGCCGGGGCGGGAUGGAGUUACGAGAGGUCAGCGAAAGCUAGCUUGGUCUAUGGCAGCUCCAGGACCUCGCACCCUGAGACGGACAUCCUACACCGCCAGGCCUACGCAGCCCCCCACCCACUGCAAAGCUAUGCCACCAACCACCACCCGGCAGGCCUCUCUGGACUCUUUGACACUGGCCUCCACCACGCAGGCUCGGCAGGGCCGGACACCUCCGUCAUGAACCUCAUCUCAGCCCUGGAGUCCCGGGGGCCCCAGCCUGGCCCCUCCGCCUCCUCUCUCCUCUCCCAGUUCCGUAGUCCUUCCUGGCAAACAGCCAUGCACACGCCGGGCCCCACGGAACUCUUCAUCUCGGGUGCCCUGCCGGGUUCCAGCACCUUUCCGUCCUCCUCUGCCCUGUCGGCCUACCAGCACCCGGCUUCCUUCGGCAGCCGCCCCUUCCCAGUGCCCUCGUCCCUCAGCCUCCAGGACCCCCCAUUCAGUCCUCCAGCUAAUGGGCUCCUGUCCCCUCAUGAUGUGCUACACCUGAAGCCCUCUCAGGCACCCACGGUACCCUCCUCGUUGGGCUUCGAGCGCCUGGCAGGGGGUGGUGUUCUGGGGCCUGCUGGUCUUGGUCCAGCACAGACCCCCCCUUACCGCCCUGGCCCCCCAGACCCACCACCACCUCCCCGCCACCUCCCAACUCAGUUCAAUCUCCUGGCUUCCUCUUCCGCUGCUGCCGCUGAGCAGUCCUCCCCACAGCUCUACAACUUCUCGGGUACUGCCCCGGGCCCACCGCCGCCCGAGCGGGCCCUGCCCCGCCAGGACACCGUCAUCAAGCACUACCAGCGGCCAGCCAGUGCCCAGCCCCCACCACCUCCGCCACCAGCCCAUGCCCUCCAGCACUACCUGAGUUGUGGAGGCAGCUACCCCUCCAUGGGCCAUCGGGCCAACCUGGCCUGCAGCCCUCUGGGCGGUGGGGAGCCCUCCCCGGGUGCUGGGGAGCCUAGCAAGGCUGGUCCCAGCGGAGCCACAGCUGGGGCAUCAGGCCGAGGCACGGGCCCUGAGGCGGCCGGGGGAGGUGGGGCUGGGGGUGGUGGUGGAGGUUACCGCCCCAUCAUUCAGUCGCCUGGUUAUAAGACUAGCAAAGGUGGUUAUGGAGCAGCUGCGGGGGGUGCCACCAGGCCCCCACCACCCCGUUCGACUGCCACACCCAAAUGCCAGAGUCUGGGAGGGCCAGCAGCAGCCUACGCCACUGGGAAGGCCUCUGGGGCUGGCGGGGCAGGGGGCCAGGCCUAUUCCCCUGGUCAGCCGCAAGGGCUUCUGGGACCCCAGGCCUACGGGCAAGGGUUUGGUGGGGGGCAAGCACAGGACUUGAGCAAAGGCCCCAGCUACUCAGGGGGCCCCCCACAGCCUCCCAGUGCCCCCCCACCUCCUGGCCUAGCCACCUGUCAGAGCUACUCUCCGGACCAGCUGCAGGGGCAGCUGUAUGGGGUGCAGGGUGAGCCCUACCCAGGGCCAGCUGCCCAUUCCCAGGGGCUCCCCACAGCCAGCCCCUCACUCAGCUAUAGUACUGGCCAUUCCCCAGCACUCUCAGGCCAUGGGGGUGGCUGGGGACCCAGCUCCCUGGGAGGCGGUGGGGAGGCCAGCCCUUCUCACAUCAUUCGCCCACUCCAGUCGCCGCCUGCCACAGGCCGCCCUCCUGGAGUCGGUUCUCCAGGAGCCCCUGGCAAAUACCUGAGCUCAGUCUUGGCCUCAGCCCCGUUCUUGGCACCUCCAGGAGCCGGCAGCUAUGCAUCUGGAGCAGGCGGCUACAAGGGCAAGGGGGAUGGCUCAGAGCUGCUGGCUGGCCCUGGCGGGCCACCUGCUGAGCGCACAGAGGAUGAGGAGUUCCUCAUUCAGCACCUCCUUCAGGCGCCCAGCCCCCCUCGGACCUCAGCGGCGGAUGGCUUGGUGGGCGAGGAUGGGGCAGCCGAUGCCUCCAAGGGACUUGGGGGGAGUGGCGGGGCUGGGGGACCGCCGGGCACACCCUACGAGUUGGCCAAGGAAGACCCCCAGAGGUAUCACCUGCAAAGUGUCAUCCGCACCAGUGCCAGCCUGGACGAGGGUGCCACGGCCGCACUUGAGCUGGGCCUGGGAAGGCUGAAAGAGAAGAAGAAAGGGCCAGAACGGGGUGGUGAGACCCCAGAGGGGCUGGCCACCUCAGUUGUCCACUACGGGGCAGGUGCCAAGGAGCUGGGAGCCUUCUUGCAGAAGAGCCCGCCACCCCCGCCUCCAUCUGCCCAGCCUACCCAGCCCACCCCCCAUGGCCUCCUCCUGGAGGCUGGAGGCCCUGACCUCCCACUGGUGCUGCCUCCGCCUCCCCCCCAGCUGCUUCCCUCUGUCCUCAGCCACGCCCCCAGCCCCUCUCCCAGCGCCCCCAAAGUCGGUGUCCACCUCCUUGAGCCAGCUUCCCGUGAUGGGGCGCCCCAGCCGCCCCCGCCGCCGCCCCCACCUCCACCACCCAUGCCCCUGCAGCUCGAGGCCCACCUCCGUAGCCACGGCCUGGAGCCUGCGGCCCCCAGCCCCCGCCUGCGACCAGAUGAGAGCCUGGAGCCCCCAGGUGCCAUGCAGGAAUUGCUCGGGGCUCUGGAGCCGCUCCCCCCCGGGCCUGGUGACGGGGCCGUGGGCCCACCUAACUCAGAGGGCAAGGAUCCUGCGGGCGCCUACCGCAGUCCCAGCCCGCAAGGUACCAAGGCCCCCCGCUUCGUACCGCUGACAUCCAUCUGCUUCCCGGAUUCCUUGCUCCAAGAUGAGGAGCGCAGCUUCUUCCCCACCAUGGAGGAGAUGUUCGGCGGCGGGGCGGCGGACGACUACAGCAAGGCCGGGCCACCCGAGGACGAGGGUGAUCCCAAGGCGGGCACUGGGCCACCUCCAGGCCCCCCUGCCUAUGAUCCCUACGGGCCCUACUGCCCUGGCCGGGCAUCUGGAGCUGGGCCCGCGACACCGGGCCUGGGCCUGGACCCCAACAAGCCCCCGGAGCUGCCCUCUACGGUCAACGCUGAGCCGCUGGGCCUGAUUCAGAGCGGGCCCCACCAGGCGGCCCCGCCGCCCCCGCCUCCCCCACCGCCACCUCCGCCGCCAGCCUCCGAGCCCAAGGGCGGCCUGACCUCGCCCAUCUUCUGCUCUACCAAGCCAAAGAAGCUGCUCAAGACGUCCUCCUUCCACCUGCUGCGGCGCCGCGACCCGCCCUUCCAGACGCCCAAGAAGCUGUAUGCGCAGGAGUACGAAUUCGAGGCGGACGAGGACAAGGCCGAUGUGCCCGCUGACAUCCGCCUCAACCCCCGCCGCCUGCCUGACCUGGUGUCCAGCUGCCGCUCCCGCCCAGCCCUUUCUCCGCUGGGGGACAUCGACUUCUGCCCACCCAACCCGGGCCCUGAUGGACCCCGGCGCCGAGGCCGCAAGCCCACCAAGGCGAAGCGUGACGGUCCCCCCCGGCCCCGGGGGAGACCCCGGAUCCGCCCGCUGGAGGUCCCCACUGCAGGGCCAGCCUCGGCCUCCACGCCCACGGACGCGGCCAAGAAACCCCGGGGCCGGGGCCGAGGUCGGGGCAGGAAGGCUGAAGAGGCAGGGGGCACCCGGAUGGAGCCCCUGAAGCCACUAAAGAUCAAGCUGUCUGUGCCCAAGGCUGGCGAGGGUCUGGGAGUCUCCUCAGGCGAGGUGGUAUCUGGUGCUGACCACAACAGCCUGGACUCGAGCCUGACGCGGGAGAAGAUCGAGGCCAAGAUCAAGGAGGUGGAGGAGAAGCAGCCGGAGAUGAAGUCGGGUUUCAUGGCCUCCUUCUUGGACUUCCUCAAGUCAGGCAAGCGCCACCCGCCGCUCUACCAGGCGGGCCUGACGCCCCCGCUCAGCCCACCCAAGAGCGUGCCACCCUCUGUACCAGCCCGAGGCCUGCAGCCCCAGCCCCCGGCCGCCCCUGCUGUACCACACCCCCCACCUGCCGGCGCCUUCGGUCUGGGGGGCGCGCUGGAGGCUGCAGAGAGCGAGGGGCUGGGGCUAGGCUGCCCUUCACCCUGCAAGCGGCUGGACGAGGAGCUGAAGCGGAACCUCGAGACACUGCCCUCCUUCUCCUCGGACGAGGAAGACUCUGUCGCCAAGAACCGGGAUUUACAGGAGAGCAUCUCCUCGGCCAUCUCUGCCCUAGAUGACCCACCCCUUGCUGGGCCUAAGGACACUUCCACCCCGGAUGGGCCACCCUUGGCCACCACAGCUGCAGUCCCGGGACCACCCCCUCUCCCGGGACUCCCCAGUGCCAACAGCAAUGGCACGCCCGAGCCCCCACUGCUGGAAGAGAAACCCCCACCCUCCCCAUCUCCUGUCCCGACUCCUCAGCCUCAGCCUCCGCCUCCGCCGCCACCACCACCACCACCACCGCCAGCCCUGCCCUCACCGCCACCGCUGGUGGCCCCUGUGCCCAGCUCGCCGCCGCCACCUCCCCUGCCCCCACCUCCACCAGCCCUGCCCUCACCUCCCCCACCGCCACCCCCACCAGCCGCCGCCCCGCCAGCUGCCCCUCCCAAGGAGCCCGCCGCCCCGUCCCCUGAGGACCCUGAGCCGCCUGAUGCCCGGCCCCUGCACCUGGCCAAGAAGCAGGAGACGGCAGCUGUGUGUGGGGAGACGGAUGAGGAGGCCGGGGAGAGUGGCGGAGAGGGCAUCUUCCGGGAGCGGGACGAGUUUGUCAUCCGUGCUGAGGACAUCCCUUCCCUCAAGCUGGCGUUGCAGACGGGGCGGGAGCCCCCACCCAUCUGGCGAGUCCAGAAGGCCCUUCUGCAGAAAUUCACUCCAGAGAUCAAGGAUGGCCAGAGGCAGUUUUGUGCUACCAGUAACUAUUUGGGGUAUUUUGGGGACGCGAAAAACCGGUACCAGCGCCUCUAUGUAAAGUUCCUAGAAAACGUCAACAAGAAGGAUUACGUGAGGGUCUGUGCCCGGAAACCCUGGCACCGGCCUCCGGCGCCAGUCAGACGCUCCGGCCAGGCCAAGAACCCUGCAUCUGCCGGGGGCAGCUCUGCCCCUCCUCCCAAGGCCCCAGCGCCCCCUCCCAAGCCUGAGACCCCUGAGAAGACACCAUCUGAGAAGCCCCCAGAGCAGAUGCCUGAGACGGCUGUGCCCGAGCCCCCUGCCCCUGAGAAGCAGUCCCUACCCCGACCCGUCGAGAAGGACAAGGAGAAGGAGAAGGAGAGAGUGGUACGUGGGGAGCGGCCGUCGCGGGGCGAGCGAGGCACCAGCGGGCGGCAGACACGGCCCGAGCGGAGCCUUGCCGCGGGACAGCCUGCGGCUUCCCGGCUGCCCAAGGCCCGGCCCACCAAGGUGAAGGCUGAGCCGCCCCCUAAGAAGAGGAAGAAGUGGCUGAAGGAGGCAGCAGGCAACGCGUCAGCCGGCGGGGGCCCACCAGGCAGCUCCUCAGACUCCGAUUCAUCCCCUGGCGCUCCCAGCGAGGACGAGCGGGCAGUGCCUGGGCGUCUGCUGAAGACCCGGGCGAUGCGGGAGAUGUACCGGAGCUACGUAGAGAUGUUGGUGAGCACAGCACUCGAUCCAGACAUGAUCCAGGCCCUGGAGGACACGCAUGACGAACUGUACCUCCCGCCCAUGCGGAAGAUAGACGGCCUCCUGAAUGAGCACAAGAAGAAGGUCCUGAAGCGGCUGUCGCUGAGCCCAGCCCUGCAGGACGCCCUGCACACGUUCCCACAGCUGCAGGUGGAGCAGAGUGGGGAGGGCUCCCCCGAGGAGGGCGCCGUGCGGCUGCGGCCGGCCGGGGAACCCUACAACCGCAAGACGCUCAGCAAGCUGAAGAGGAGCGUGGUCCGAGCCCAGGAGUUCAAAGUGGAGCUGGAGAAGUCGGGAUACUACACGCUCUACCAUUCACUCCACCACUACAAGUACCACACCUUCCUGCGCUGCCGGGACCAGACCCUGGCCAUCGAAGGCGGUGCUGAGGACCUGGGCCAGGAGGAGGUGGUGCAGCAGUGCAUGCGGAACCAGCCGUGGCUGGAACAGCUCUUUGACUCCUUCAGCGACCUGCUGGCCCAAGCACAGGCCCACAGCCGCUGUGGGUGACCCCACCCCAGCCGGGGGUUGGGGGAGCGCCUCCUCCAUGAACCGAGAAUUGGGACAGAACUGUGUCCUCAGGAGCUAAUCCCUGGGCUCCGUCGCCAGGGAAAGUGGGGGGGUCUCUGGUCAGGGUGUGUCCAUGCUGCCCCCCCAAGGGCAGGGUUCAAAGUCCGACUCCCCCGCUUUCCCAGUCCCCCUCUACUCCUUCCCCAUUCCUCCCACUGUUUGGUGUACAGAGAAAUUAUUUAUAUAUAUGUAUAAAUGUCUAUUUAGUAACGGUUUCCCUCUCCCCUUGCCCGACCCCCCCCCCACGGCCACAGCCCUGCCCCCUUCACCUUGUACAUAAUGUAUAGGAAAAGUCUAUGGUUGAGGGGGGCGGGGCAGCUUCAGAGAGCUGGGGGGGCCUCCCCUCCCCCAAGUCCCCCCAUUAGGCCAAGAUUUGCUAAAGGCCAUUCCCUCCCCAGGGCAUUUGGCAUCGGGUGGGAGGGGGAAAACGCAUCUUGUUAAUUAUUUUUAAUCUUAUUUAUUGUACAUACCUGGGGUAGGGGCCGGGGAGGUAGAGGGGGAGAAGGGUCCCCGCUCUCUGCUCCCUCACUCCUUUUCUACGGCGAUUUGUCUGUGUCUGUCCCCUACCCGCUGCCCCCCCAUUGUCGUCUGGAUGUGGUUCUAUUUUUUAUCGGUCUCCUCUCCCUUCCCCCUCUCGGCUCCCCCAUCCCCCACUCCCACCACCCUUUGUCUCUUGCUCUUUCUUGGGCUUCUGUACAACUCAACUUGUAUACACUGUGUACACACAACCAGCCAAACGAAAACCCAACGGCAAACACUUUA